UGUUCUCGGCAGCACUUCUCAACCUCCUCAGUGCCCACCACCAACAAGCCAUCAUGUCUCGCCAAUCAAGUGUCUCCUUUCGGAGCGGGGGCAGCCGGAGCUUCAGCGCUGCCUCGGCCAUCACCCCAUCUGUCUCCCGCACCAGUUUCAGCUCCGUGUCCCGGUCUGGGGGUGGUGGUGGUGGCUUUGGCAGGGUCAGCCUUGGCGGGGCCUGUGGAGUAGGUGGCUAUGGCAGCAGGAGCCUCUACAGCGCAGGAAGCUCCAGGAGAAUCGCCACUAGCGGCGGCGGUGGCUUCAGGAACCGAUUCAGUGCCGGUGCCGGAGGCGGCUAUGGCUUCGGAGGUGGAGCCGGGAGCGGAUUUGGUUUUGGCGGUGGAGCUGGUGGUGGCUUUGGGCUCGGUGGUGGAGCUGGCUUUGGAGGAGGCUUUGGUGGCCCUGGCUUCCCAGUCUGCCCCCCUGGAGGCAUCCAAGAGGUCACAGUCAACCAGAGUCUCCUGACUCCCCUCAACCUGCAAAUCGACCCCACCAUUCAGCGGGUGAAGACCGAAGAGCGGGAGCAGAUCAAGACCCUCAACAACAAGUUUGCUUCCUUCAUCGACAAGGUGCGGUUCCUGGAGCAGCAGAACAAAGUCCUGGACACCAAGUGGACCCUGCUCCAGGAACAGGGCAACAAGACCGUGAGGCAGAACCUGGAGCCCUUGUUUGAGCAAUACAUCAGCAACCUCCGGAGGCAGCUGGACAGCGUUGUUGGGGAGAGAGGCCGCCUGGACUCUGAGCUGAGGAAUAUGCAGGACCUGGUAGAGGACUUCAAGAACAAGUAUGAAGAUGAAAUCAACAAGCGCACCACUGCUGAGAAUGAGUUUGUGAUGCUAAAGAAGGAUGUGGAUGCUGCUUACAUGAACAAGGUGGAACUAGAAGCCAAGGUUGAUGCACUGGUGGAUGAAAUCAACUUCCUGAAGCUCUUCUAUGAGGCGGAGUUGGCCCAGAUGCACACUCAUGUCUCAGACACAUCAGUGGUGCUGUCCAUGGACAAUAACCGCAGCCUGGACCUGGAUAGCAUCAUUGCUGAGGUCAAGGCUCAAUAUGAGGACAUCGCCAACCGAAGCCGGACAGAAGCUGAGUCCUGGUACCAGACCAAGUAUGAGGAGCUGCAGCAGACAGCUGGCCGGCAUGGCGACGACCUCAGAAACACCAAGCAUGAGAUCUCUGAGAUGAACCGGAUGAUCCAGAGGCUCAGAGCUGAGAUCGACAAUGUCAAGAAACAGUGUGCCAACUUGCAAAAUGCCAUUGCCGAUGCUGAGCAACGUGGGGAGCUGGCCCUCAAGGAUGCCAGGAACAAGCUGGCUGAGCUGGAAGAUGCCCUGCAGAAGGCCAAGCAGGACAUGGCCCGGCUGCUGAGGGAGUACCAGGAGCUGAUGAACACCAAGCUGGCCCUGGAUGUGGAGAUUGCCACCUACAGGAAGCUGCUGGAGGGCGAGGAGUGCAGAUUGAGUGGAGAAGGAGUCGGACCAGUCAAUAUCUCUGUCGUCACCAACAGCGUCUCCUCUUCCUAUGGCGGUGGCAGUGGCUUUGGUGGUGGCCUCGGUGGAGGUCUUGGCAGCGGUCUUGGCAGCGGUCUUGGCAGCGGUCUUGGUGGUGGUGGGAGCUACUACUCCAGCAGCAGUGGAGGCGUCGGCCUAGGCAGUGGGCUCAGUGUUGGGGGCUCUGGCUUCAGUGGAAGCAGUGGCCGAGGAAUAGGCUUUAGCAGCGGAGGGGGCAGCAGCUCCAGUGUCAAGUUUGUCUCCACCACCUCUUCCUCCCGGAAAAGCUUCAAGAGUUAAGAACCCUGCACCAAGUUACUGCUCCUAAGUGUGGCAACCCGGCCCAUGGUGACUGCUACUUCUAGGCAGCUGCCAAAGCCAAAGUUUUCUCUUCUCUGGAGUGUAGAAUAGACCAAUCCUACUGUAGAACCACAUUUUGGUCCACUAGAGUACCCAACCCCGUCUUUCUCAUGCCACAAUUUUAUAUUCUGCUCCAAAUCAAUCUUUAGGACCUUGCAGCAUGGUCUUAGAUGACAAGAGAACCCAAAAUUCUCCAGUGUCUAAACAGAAUCCUCAACCCAACCCCCCAGUUUGUUCUGGUUCUGACUACCUCCAGAGUGUGUUCAAAUAAAAUGCUUUUAUAAUAUA